UAGAUCAAGGAGGAGUUCCCGUAGACACUACACAAGAUCACGCUCUCGUUCCCGCUCCCAUAGGAGAUCCAGAAGUAGGUCUUACAGUCGGGAUUAUCGGCGACGACACAGUCACAGCCAUUCACCCAUGUCUACUCGCAGACGUCAUAUUGGAAACAGGGCAAAUCCUGACCCAAAUUGCUGUCUUGGUGUGUUUGGAUUGAGUCUGUACACCACAGAAAGAGAUCUGAGAGAAGUUUUCUCCAAGUAUGGUCCAAUUGCCGAUGUUUCCAUCGUGUAUGAUCAGCAGUCUCGGCGUUCAAGAGGAUUUGCAUUUGUCUACUUUGAAAACGUCGAGGAUGCUAAGGAAGCAAAGGAACGUGCGAAUGGAAUGGAGCUGGAUGGAAGAAGGAUCCGAGUAGACUUCUCCAUAACAAAAAGACCUCACACACCUACCCCUGGAAUCUAUAUGGGAAGACCCACUUAUGGCAGCUCACGACGACGAGAUUACUAUGACAGAGGGUAUGAUAGAGGGUAUGACGAUCGUGACUAUUACAGCAGAUCAUACAGAGGAGGUGGUGGCGGUGGAGGAGGAGGAUGGAGAGCUGUUCAAGACAGGGAUCAGUUUUACAGGAGGAGAUCGCCAUCCCCAUAUUACAGCCGAGGUGGCUACAGAUCUCGGUCCAGAUCUCGAUCCUAUUCACCUCGUCGCUAUUAAAGCAUGACAUGUAGAAGAAUUUCUAGCUACAGCCUUUGAGUUGAAACUGCAAGUUUGUGGACAAUAUUUUUAUUGUCUCCUCUGUUUAAACAAGUGAACAGUGCCUAGUGAAUAGGUGACUUUUACACCUUUUAUGAAGACUACUUCUGUGAUGUUAAAUGCUGUUUUGUUCUGCAUAUUUGUGUAGCUUGGUGCUUUGUUUCAAGUUGUGUUUUGAAAGGAGUAUGUUUUGCAUGUAUUUUUUUAGUCUCAAUUUUGACUCCUGAAAGGUUUCUAUUGUAAAGACAAACUGUUGAGUUAGUUUUUUCUACUGAUUCCAAGUUAUUCUGAAGAUCAAAACCUGUGUUAUAAGCUUUCAAAAAGUGAAAAAUAAAAUAAAAAUAAGUUUG